AUGCCCAAUCACCUCGUCUUGUUCACUGCCUACUCAAUAGACACUGCCUUGAAAAUGAUGGAGGUUGGAGAUAAAAACAAUUACCAGACGUUUGAAUGUAGUCUCUUGAAUCUACAAAAGACCGCUUUGGCUUCCGUAUUCAACGAAGCCUUCGAUUACAACUGCACGACUGAUGACGGUCCCAUGCUCGUCCUGAAAAGAACCGAGACUAUCAAGACAGCGAGGGCUUUGGCAUCUGACCGGGGCCCAGGAACGACUCUCAUGGUCACUCAAGUGGUGGCAGGAUGCGUUCUCCUGGCAUCUUUCGCGCAUCGCUUCUACGGCCGAGAAAAGCGCCGAUUCGGCCUGGAUGAUGUCUGUAUUGUCAUAGCUCUGACCCCCGAGAGGUUCCGUACGGUUACGGGAAUGUGCAUGUUCGACAGCCCCCGGCCCAUUGUGCUAGCGGUUGUCGAGCAGACUGUCGCUAUCAUGAUCGCCAAUUUUAUGUCCAAAAGCUUCCUCUGCGGCGACAAUCACGAUGCCACCACAGCGAAGCCUGUCGAAACCCCAGCAGGCGCCGCGCAAGCAUCGAUGGCAGACAAAAAAGCUGUUAUUUUGGGGGUAUAA